CUUUGUCUUACUCUGUUCUAUCAACGGGUCAACAGUACCUUACAUUAGUGUAACCAAACUGUGAACUUGUUGGAUACCUAGAUUUUGGGGCCUUUUUAGCGUCAGCAAUGCCAACAUUAUUGUCAAGGGUCUUCACCAUUUACCCAGAGGCUACCUAAAAAAGAGAAAACUACAUGGGGGCUUGGCUAGAACAAAGAUGCCUACAUGAAUAUGUGUAUUCCCCGUAACCCUCGUAGUCUCUAUUGGAAUGUUUCAGACCCCGCGAAACAGCGAUGCCAGUCUCCGUUUUCAAGGCUCCGCUUCAUGACAUAACUUACCUAGGUAGGUGUACAUACGUAGGUGCCUACAUACCUAAGCACCUACCUAGUUGAUAUCUACUAUCUACAUAGGCACCUCGAUAGGAAUUGCAAGCUUCGACUUCUCCACUCAUAUCUGCCGCCACAAUAACUAAGACGAACUACUGGGAUGAACACCACUGAGAUGAACACCAUUGAGAUGAACGCUGUUGAGAAACGUGUACUAAAGCGAUGGACUGAGGAAGAGGAUACGAUUCUCUCAUCUCGAUCCCAAACUAGACCACGCAGAAUGGACUCCUGCCGAGUAGGAUGAUAUUCUCUUAAUGUCGGUUCAGAAAUAUGGCCGAGAAUGGAAAGCCAUCCAAGAAAGGAGCUAUCCAUCGCGGUCAAGAAAUGACCUUAAGAACAGGUAUACAGUCCUUUCAAGGAGACUGAGUACACCACGGAGCCAGCCUGAGAAUGUGGACGCUGGGACAACAGACUUCGGAAAUAUCACAGUGAGGAUAUCGCCACCAGACGAAGAAAUGGAGGAAAACGACUCUAUGCCGUUCGACUUGGGUGAACCGGAUUCAACAGUGAUAGAAACCAUGAGCGAUCAAGGCAUCACUGAGUCGUGGAUGGAGAUGAUAGACAAGACCAGGCCUGGCUCCUCCCAAUCGAUUUCCCACACAACGAUGGACUUCGAAUCCCUUCAUCAUCAAGACCCAAUAACAGUCGGCGACCCAUUCAUUCUUGACGACCCAGACUUAGAAUCUUACGGAAUCACCAUGUCCCCAAUAUCCCCCCUUUCCGACCCCGCCCCACCAAUACAAACGAGCCACAAUCAAUUCCUAACAGAGCCGAGCUGGACGGAAAUGUUGGAGUCUUAUAACAGAUCUGAGCCCAAGGUUCACGACAUCACACCUCCACAAUCGGAGGAUAGCUAUUCGCUCCCUACAGGCAUUGCACCAAGCAACGCAGAGUACUUCUCUAGCGCAGCCCCUAGGGGCGAUGUGGUAGUGGGAAAGGUGUCGAUGGUGGUGGAGCAAUGUAACCGGGAUACACUGAACUAGCUCUUAGAUAUAACAUCGUCGCUUAGCUAGUAUUAAUAGCAAUACAUCUCUUAAGCUUCUCUGUGGGAAUAGCGCCCGAAAGGGGUUACCUUCUCCGGUAUCACGUGAGCUCUUAGACUACAGGUGUAAAUAUUGGAUUGAUAGGGACCUAGUUACCUG